CUGAAGCUCCAGCACCUAGACUUCUGGGCCAGCCUCCAUGGCCAGGUCCCGGGAUUGCUGGACUGGGACAUGGGGAACGAGUGCUUUCUGGCCUUCACCACUACGCACCUGCCCUUAGCGGAACAAAACCUUGCCAGAUAUAAACUCCGAAUAGUUGAGCCACCAAAACUACCUCUGGAAAAAAAACCCAACCCUGAUAAAGAUGGUCCAGAUUUCGAGCCCAACCUGUGGAUGUGGGUAGACCCCAACAUCGUGUUCCCCCCUGGAAAGCUGGAGGUCCGAGAACCCAGUAAGGGGAAGAAUCUGACAAGAAUAGUCCCUUCCCCUCAGCCACCCCCAAAAGAAGAGGACUUUGCCAAAUGCCCACAGGCCACAGUGGUGGAGUCACCAUCACUUUCUGGAGACCAGUAUCCCCCUCGGAAGCGGUUUGCCUCUUCCAACAGCAACUGGGAGCUCACAGAAGAGAAGGAGGCUGAGGACCAGGAUGACAGCUCCUCUGUGGCUCUCCCGUCCCCUCACAAAAGGGCCCCCCUCCAGAGUCGGAGGCUUCGGCAAGCCAACAGCCAGGAGGGGGGGCUGUGGUCCCGGCCCCCUCUCAAUUACUUCCACCUAAUUGCAUUGGCAUUAAGAAACAGUUCCCCCUGUGGCCUCAACGUGCAACAGAUCUACAGUUUCACUCGACAGCAUUUCCCCUUUUUCCGGACGGCUCCUGAAGGCUGGAAGAAUACCGUGCGUCACAAUCUCUGUUUCCGAGACAGCUUUGAGAAAGUGCCGGUCAGCAUGCAGGGUGGCGUCAGCACACGGCCCCGAUCCUGCCUCUGGAAGCUGACCGAUGAGGGACACCGCCGCUUUGCAGAGGAGGCCCGCGCCUUGGCCUCCACUAAGCUGGAAACUAUCCAACAGUGUAUGAGCCAGCCAGGUGUGAUGCCCUCCCUCUUCGACCUUUAG